AUGGUCGGAUGUGUUCAAAGUCAAUUUCUUCAGGCCACUGAAGUCGAUGUUUUGGAAACAGUUAUCCGAUGGGGAGAGCACGAGCUUUUGCGCCGUAUGGAGGAGCGUGAACCAAACGUGGUUGCUGACACGUCCCAUUCAAUCAGUCGACGCGGAGUGAAAAGGGCUGAUUUGAGUGGUACCGAACUAAGAGAGAUUCUUGCUCCCAUCACUGCACACCUUCGAAUUGACUAUGUUUUGCCGCCUUUUCACCAGAGUCUCAAUGCGGCAUAUAGUCGAGGAAUUCUGGACAGGGCUCCUCUACGCAAUGACCUUGUCUGUCCAUCAACAUCUGAAAUCAUUCCUGAUAUUCAUUGGUUCAGACCGGAUCAAGAAUCGCCCGGUCCACGUUACUAUGUUCCUUAUUACAAGAUGACGAAAGAAUACUUACGUGAAGCUCGUGAGCGUGAUGGAAUUGCCUGUAUUCCGCAUCCGUUACUGGUCGUUGACUGUGCGUUCGGCGUAGUUGUGAAGAAUUUGAUGCCUGAUUUGAUAAGCGAGGAAACGUUCAACGAGAUUCGAUCGAAAAUAUUCAACGCUAUUGAAACAGCCGAUUGUCAACAUCACGUUCGCUUCUUCCCACGUCUGUUUCAUCGACGUAUGGCCGUACAGCUGAUUGCCCUGCGGGUUCUGCGAGUUAUGGAGAUUGAUCCCGAAUGCAUAGAAGUGAGUCUCGCCAGCGAUUUGUCGAAGGACAACGCCGUGGCAGAACCCGAAGCGAACUCAGUUUACUGUAGUCAGCCAAGCCUUCAUUGGCCUGACAUUAUGACGCUGGAGAGGAAGAAGUCAUGA